AUGGCCGGGAUGCAAGAGAACACAGUAAGGCUGACAGAUGUCUCCUUUGAGCGGAUCAGGUCGGCGGGGAUGGCAGAGCUCUACGACCUGUCUGUCAUGGCCGGCAUACAGGACGACGAGCGACUGGUCCACUGCGAGGAUCUCCGCGAGCGCCUGGUGCUGGUCAAGCGGAAGAUGGAAGGCAGUCACUACACCUGGAAGGAGUUGUUCCAGUCAGUAAAGGAAGAGACGCAGGUCAAGAGAGAGUCGCUGCUGGAACUCAUGAAGACAGUGGAGGAAAUGUUCAAGACGUGUCCCCUCGAUUCCUUGUCGGAGAUCCUCAGAAAGCAGGGCCACGUCCGCAGCCGGGAUUUGCUUCAAGAACUUUCCAACAGAAUCAAGAACUUAAAGGAGCGGAGAAGCUUAGUCAUCAUCGCAGGAGAAACUAACGGAGGCAAGAGUUCCUUCCUGAACUUACUCCUUGGGGAGGACAUUCUACCAACAGACGUGCUGCACUGCACCUUCUCUGUCUGCAAGAUUGUUUAUUCAGAUAAUUACAGCAUCCAAACAUUGGACCAUAGUGGUCAGGUGGAACAUUUCCCAUGCUCAUCACGAGAGGAAGUGAAAGUCAUCCUCCGGAGCAAACUGGCUCAACAGGAGGUCAGAGAGCGACUACAUGGGUCGCCAAUCAAGGAGCUGACCCUGGGCCUGCCUGCAGAUAUUCUCAAGAGUGGGGUCACCCUGGUUGAUACGCCAGGCAUAGGAGAGGAUGAGAAAAUGGAUAACGUGACCAUGAACUUUGUCAGGUUUAACCAUGCCUCAGCAUUUAUUUAUAUCAUCAAAUCAGACACAGCGGGAGGUGUCCAGGAAGACAGGCUGCUCAGUUUCCUGCAGGCCAUUAAAGAAAGAUACUCAGGAGACGCGGAAAUAGAGGCUUUCGAUCCCCGAGCAGCCAUGUUUGUUUGCCAUCGCUGGGACAAUAUUGAGGAGCAUCAAAGAGACAAGGUCAAACAAAAUGCCCUUCAAAAACUGGAAUUUGUGUGGCCAGGUUUUCAGCCAUCUCAGACCUACUUCUUCUCUACAACAGACACAAUGAAACAUUUCCCAGUUGAUGCCCAGUUUGUCACAGACAGUUUCAUGACGCUGCUGAAAGGCAUGAAGAAACUGUUUGAUCGAGCCAGCCACAAUGCCAUUAAACACCAGUACCUGUGGUUGAAGCAUAUGCUGCCAUCAGCGUCCCAUUUCUUGAAGUCCAUGAUUACCCACUGCAUCCACAACAAUGAUGAGCUGGAGAUUUACUUCCGCAACGUUGUCCACAAGCAGAACAGACUCAUGGCCUCCUCCACAGAAAAUUCCAUAAAUCUGCAGACCGAGCUGAAUGAAUUAUCCCAGGAUCUCAAGAGAGUCAUAGUGGACGACCUCAACUUUGACACCAUAAGUGUGCGCAGUGAGCUCAAUGAUUUUGAUGCCAUUUUGUCCAUGUGCUCUGGGGACAAUUUCUUACAUGACAAAGCAAACAGACGACUGCUUGAUGAGAUGAUCAUACGCUGCCUGCUCAAAUAUGUUGAUGAACAUGUCCAUGAUCGCAAUAUAGUUACAGAAAUGGAAUCUCAGAUUCUCUCAGCUAUCCAAGAUCAUCUGGGGCUGUUCAAAAGUCAGAUCAAUCAAAUCAAGUAUGUUUUGCAACAUGGUGGCAACUUUCCCCUGACACCGAGUUCCUCCAGGACAAAUAUGGAGAUAGAUGAUGUCAGCUCACAGCUGGGAGCUUCCAUUAACUCAGCAGACUCUGAUCAUUCAUUGUUUGAUG